AUGGAAUCAGUCAGUGUGAGGAAGUUGAAGCGCGCUGCUCUUUUGCUCGCCCUGGCUUUGAUAAUCAAUAUAAUAUAUAAAGUUGCAUCGAGGUGCAUACUAAAAUUCAUUUAUUUUUGUUUCUUUAGUUCACAAGGAAAAGAAUAUAAUGAAAUUUUUUGGUGGCAAAAGAUACCGUCUUUGGAACGGGUUAUUUGGAAAGUAGUAGAUUAUCUGGAAAAUUGA